UGCAAAAGUUUGCAAAAUGCUGUGGUUACGGCAGCCUUCAGUUUAUCGGAGUAAUUUAUGAGGAUACUCACAUCGACUAUGCGAAAAUUGUUACUCGUGUGUGUGUGGUUGGUGAUGAUUGAUUUGGGACAAAGAAUGCUCAGAGAGUGCUUCGAACAUUACUGGAUACAGCGUGCGUUCCGUGCCACGGGUUCAUUGACUUUUGCAACAGGUAGACGAGCAGGAUGGCCAAAUCGGGCAGGAGCUACUGCAGAAGCCUCUGUCUCUUCACGCAAGUUCAGGCGACCAAUGGGAAUUCGAAACGUCAUCGGCAGCUAGUUCUGUUGACCCUCUCAAACAGACAUUCCAGCCGUACGAGUGCCUGUAAUCAAAUACAAACAUCGACAGCUAUCUAUCCACACCAGGCAGAAGCUAUCUCGCUCAAAAAGGCAACGGAAGAGGUUGCUGUUCUUCCCAAGUCCAUAUAUAAAGAAAGGUUGGUAACGGUAACUUCAUGUUCAGAGCUCUUCAAAUCUUGGAAAACGACACGGCCCGGUUACAAGUACGUGAACCCCAACGGCGUGAGAGUCACGGUGCCUUAUAUCCACACUGGUUUAGACCGCAACGCCGGUGAGGGACCUACAGUGGUCGCCAUUCAUGGCGCUCCCGGAAAUUACAACGACUUCUCCGCGCUCACGUCAGAACUGGACAGCCUCGGGGCAUCCGUCGUAGUCCCCACGUUGCCAGAUCUUGAUUUCAGUAUGGAAACCCAAAGCUUCUGGCACUCGGUCGAAGAAAAGGCGGACCUGUUGAAGCAAUACCUGACAGCCAUCAACUUGAAGGAAAUUGACAUGUUCGUCACACAUAGCAGUUCAAUGUAUCCGAUCUUGCGACUUGCCGUGCAUGAUCCCGAUAUCCGAGUGAGGUCUUUAGUCUUUAUUGCUCCAGCAGGGUGCCGCAGAAUAGCGCAACUGAGUCCAUUCUGGAUUAUGAAGAACUUCGACGCAUGGUUCCGUGUUCCCUGGUUGCAGCGCUUCAUGUGCGACUUGGCAGUCUACAUUGUUCGCGUCCUUGGGAAGCCUAAUAACAACCAGAUCAAGGGAACUAUUCUCUCCAUGAUUACUAUGAUGCAUGCAAAAUACGACGAGGCAGGACCCAUGGUGCGGGAUUUGAAACGAAGAAAUAUCCCCAUGCUAAUGCUGUUUGGGGAGAAGGACAAGUUGAUAGACUGUGCGGUGAGCAACGAAAUGGCAGCCAUGUUAGGUGUUACAGCCAAACAGAUGUGGAUGUACAAAGGGAAAGAUGACCGGGAAGCAGAAUUGGUUCAGAAGGGGCUACCGCACGGAAACUCAGAAGUGGUCUGCUUCAAACAAGGAACUCAUUUCGCCUUCAAGAAGUUCCCAACUAUUUUCAACCACAUCAUUUCGAGGUUCUUUGAGGAGCAUAUAACCAAAAAGCAAUACUAAGCCAAACGAAAAUACUUCUUCGCAGUGCAGAGCUGUUAUGCAAUAUUUAUAUUCUAAGGAGCUCUACUAAGCCAUUCUAGAGAUGAGGGAGGGGUACAAAAUUUGGUGUUUUUUUUUUUUCGUCGUUUCUGUAAUAUUUGUGCACGUUGCCAGGGCUAAAGACCGUUAAAAUUUCGACUUACCUGCUUUAAUUUGAUUGAUUGAGCUUGAUUUUGAUUGUAUUUGAGUCUGCUUUAAUUUUCGACCUAUACAGUUAUGUCCAUGAGCAAUACCUCUCGAAAACUGGCAUCCAUGGUUUCGUUCGGAUGUGUGUCCGCAUGGUGGCGCCUCUAGCGGCAUCAGUGGUUUACUCAGAAUCCUGGGCACGGGGGGUGGGGGGGGGGGAGUAGUAAAAAGUUGGAGGGGAGGUUACUGCAGUUACGUCAUAACAGCUUAACGUAUCAGUACCGACGUGUCGUCACAGAUGACUUAGCAAGGGCCCCACUGUUGGGGGUGUACAGCCAAGAAAGUUUAUAGGGGAUGUCGCCAAGCACUUCGUUAGGGAGUUGUAGAGGGGCCUGCAUAAGUCGCUGGGCGCCACCAACCGGACAGAGAGGAAUUCGGAAGAGCCAUGGCUCGCAUUUUUCGAACGAUAUUACCCAUGGCAAGAGCCGAAGGUCGGAAAUUAUGCUCGUCCUCGGAACACGGUUAAGUACUUGAGAACAAAUACGCUAAAGACGCAAGGCGGACAGAACUGCCUUGUGUUUCUUGUGUCUUUGUUCUCACGUACGCACCGACAUCGCCGUGAUCAGCUGUUAUCAGUUACUUAACAAAAAAUCUCCAGAAUUUUAACACUAACUUUAAUAAUAAUGUUUUUAUCACGUCUUGCAACAGGAGGCAAAAGGUGCUAGAAAUUGGAUAAUGACUUCAGCCACCAGCCGCAAUGAGCACGGUAACUCGAGAGAAAGUUUACCGAGCCAUUUUACAGAAGUUCGAGGGUGAUUCAAUGAAUAACUUUAAAACUUUAAUGAAAAUUCCAAGCUCUAUAUUCCUGCGAGGGAAGUGCAUUUUUUCGUUUCUUCUAUGUUGUGUUAUAGACACAACAUCAAGCAAAACAAUCAAUUGCUUUAAAGUUAAUCGCCUCUGUACCGUCAAGAAGCAAGUGUGCAAAAAGCAUUAAUAAGCAUGCUCGAAUAAUAUUAUUUCUUCAUUUUCUAUGGCUCACGUACCCACAGUGUAACAUGCCUAUCGCCCCUUGCGACGAAACUGCCCAAUCAUCAUCAUAAAAUAAAGUUGUUGCUGUUGUAACGUGUUUAAUGUGAGAAAAUAACUAGAUCGCGUUCGGCAGCAUGUGUAAGCAUAACUCUAUCUUGCCAGGUAAUUCUACACCUGCGGCACACACACAAGCAAAGUCGGUGGUACGUUUGGAGUGCAAUGACCAUGGCGAUAUCUCGUUGAGUUUCCGAUAUAUUUUCGUGACUCCUGUUCCAAAAGACACGACGCUUUGUUUAUUUGUAUCGAACAACAAAGUUGCAAAACUCUGUUUGAAAUGCGCUAUCAACACGCUCAUACUACUCACGGAACUGAUUGUAUGACGGAAACUAUAGGUUCGCCUGGUUCGUUUCGGAAAUGUGAGCUAAAAAAUAAAAGUUAAAAAUGUGCAGAAUAAAACAAUAUUCGAUAGCGCUUAGCUUAUGAGAGUUAGUGAAACUGAGUAAGACCGUCACAUGAACCUGCCUGAUUAACGAGUAACUAAAAGGAAUAACAAUUUGAAAAUUCUGCUGCUUUGCCGUUAUCUCGUUUCUCUCUCUCUCUCUCUCUCUCUCUCUCUCUCUGUGUUCCACGUCUUCCAUAUUAUGAAAGGUAACGGUACCGGAGAAAGAGUCCGCCACUAUUCAUAUUUGUAGCGGAAAUACUUUUUCAGGUACCAAUUUAAAAUGUAGCGGGAUCUCCACUACUGAAAGCAGUAGCGUAUACGGUAGCGGCGCACUUGAGUAGCGCCGCUAUGUACAACACUGGCUGGAAUACAGGCGCUUCCCAAACGAUGCACACCUGGAUUGAUGAACAGGGAGACUACGUUGAAAAAUGACACAUUGUUUCCCAGAAUUGGUUUCGAUUAUUCUCUGUUGUUUUCAUGACUGUUUUCAUUGUUCGCAAAAAAAAGUUAUUAAUUUGGUUAUUUAUUGAAUCACCUUCGUUUAUCGCUGACAAGAAGAAAACCAGUCACAAACCGACCGUACACUAAAGCCCGAUGACAAACACAUUAUUAGGAGAUUUUACAAAACCAUGUAUAUAAACCAAACCAUGUAUAUAAACCUUAUAAAACCUACGUUGUGCCGAUGACAGCUAAGCUCGAAACGGCCGCCCCCUUUCAGAUCGGCAUUCUAAUGAGUGCCGUGGAGGGAGACAAAGUAAUGUGUGCCUGCUUCUCGUUUUUAUAGCGAAUGCAGUACUGCUUUUGAAGCGUUAAGUGGCCAAGUAUUGCGCUUGUCCCAUCCUAUACAGUUGGCAAUGCAACAACCAUGUGAAUUAAGCCACGUAAAAGCCACUAACUAAUAAAACUAUGGUGAAAUAUA